CAUUGGCCAGUUUGCCAAAUACGGUACCACUGCAUUAAAAUAUUUUAUUAAAUUUUUAACAAAGUAGGCGCCAAUUGUUCGCUUUUUGGCUUAUUCCGUUGGAACUUUCGGCCAAGCGCAGCAAUUGAAGGUGAUUUUAGGCCAGCUACUGUACGGGAAUCAGGAGCCCGUGUGUAAUUGGCCACCAGUUGUUGUCCACUUCGCAUCUCCAAGCUAUUUUGGUUGUCGCGCGCCCCAUUUGGAUUUAUGAAUAUAGGAGUGAAUAGCUCCGAUCUCUGUCCACCAGGAUGUCGCAGGAAAACUCGGGUGCCGAUGUGGCCGGCCUGACCUCCAGAUUGGCGGAUCUCCUGUCGGACUUGUGCCUGACCAUAGAGGGCAAACAGCCGCCCCAAGUUCAAGAUGAAACCCUGGCCCGUGUUGCCAAGUGCCUAACGUCCAAUACUGGUUCUCCUUACCAUUCGAUAUCCCUAUCCGAACACGAAUGCGUCCAAAAGACCAUGAAGAUCCUAAGGGCUCGGGGAGAAGUGGAUGGCAUAGAUACAGCAGAGCACUUCUACGAGCUCUACAGGAAGCUGUUGCAAAUAAAGCUCGAUCCCCAGGUGCGUCACUCGCUGAUGGGCUACCUGCUCUCGAUGGCCGACAAGCAGACUGCGAAUGGAGAAGCAGGGCUGCUCUCCGCUCGAUCCGAUAAUCUCAGCCAGGCUUUGGGGAAUCGUACAGCCUCCAGCGCGAAUCUCACCGCAGGGGUUGGAUCGUAUGCAACAGGCACCAGCAGCCACAAUGGCAAUGGAUUGUCCGAGAGAGACGCAGUUGACGGAGCCGGGUGCGGUGGCUAUAGCUACGAUCCCACACAAUCCAGCCCCGGAUUGGGCAAAAAGACCUUGCCCAACUACGUGGAAAUGCAGGCACAACAAAAGUUCGAUGAGCAACAGGAGAUAGUGUUGAAUGCCAUCUACUCCUUCACUGGGGUCCAGGGGAAGUAUUUGAAAAAGGACGUGGUUACGGGACGUUUCAAGCUGGAUCCAAAUAGCUCUGAGUCGCUGACCGCAGGCCAGGCGGGCAUGUUGCUCCGGCUCUCCGAACUGGGCUACUAUUACGAUCGCGUGACCAAGUUUGCGGACGUGUCCACUGGCUUCAAUGCCAUGGGCUGCAUGGGUCAGGCCCUGAUGUCCAAGCUCAAGGAGGAGCUGUCUGAAUUCCAUGGCCAGGUGUCCGAGCUCCACGACGAAAUGAAUCUCUAUCGGAAGGCCCAAAUGAAUUGGAACGCUGGCUGCGGCGGCGAGCCGAGUGACAAACACGAAUUGACGCUCUUCAAGCUGCUCGCCUGGUACAUAAAGCCACUGUACCGGCUGCAGUGGCUCACCAAAAUCGCCGACGCCUGCCAGAUGAAAAAGGGCGGCGAAUUGGCAUCGACCGUGUACGAUUUACUGGACAACGGGCACUCGAUGGUCAACAAAUUGGUAGUAGACAUCCUCACCGCGAUCUGUGGCCCGCUGGUGCGCAUGAUCUCCAAGUGGAUGCUGGAGGGCGGCAUUAACGAUCUGCACAGCGAGUUCUUUGUGGAGUCACUCAAUGAUGUGGGUGCGGAUCGGCUUUGGCACGAUAAAUUCCGCCUGCGAUUGCCCAUGCUGCCAAAGUUUGUACCAAUGGAUCUGGCCGAUAAGAUUCUCAAGACGGGCAAGUGCAUCAACUUUCUGAGGGAAAUCUGCGAGAUGCAGGGACUCAUGAAGGGGCGCGACGAACUCAAGAAGGUCAUGGACAAUAAAGUUGACCAAUUCUUUUCGUACGUGCCGGACACCAGCUGGCACGCGGCUGUGGAAACGUGCUACCAGCAGACCUCCAAACAUGUCCUGGACAUUAUGGUGGGUCCCCACAAGCUGCUCGAUCACCUGCAGGGAAUGCGUCGCUAUUUGCUGCUAGGCCAGGGCGACUUUGUCAGCAUACUCAUCGAGAAUAUGAAAGACGAACUUGAGCGCAACGGCGGUGAUAUAUAUGCCCACGAUCUCUCCUCCAUGUUGGAUGCCGCUCUACGCUGCACAAAUGCCCAGUACGACGAUCCGGAUAUACUCAACCACCUCGAUAUUGUGGUGCAACGUCCGUACAUCGGGGACAAGGGCUGGGACAUCAUCUCGCUGAAGUACAUCGUCCAGGGACCACUGGCCACCAUGCUGGAGCCCACCAUGCCCACGUACAAGCUGCUCUUCAAGCCCCUCUGGCGCAUGAAGCACAUGGAGUUCGUGCUCUCGAUGAAGAUCUGGCAGGAGCAGAUGGGCAAUGCCAAGACUCUUCGCCCGAUGAAUUCCGAGAUCGGCAAGGCGUCGCACCGCCUGAACCUCUUCACGUCGGAGAUCAUGCACUUCAUCCACCAGAUGCAGUACUAUGUGCUCUUCGAGGUGAUCGAGUGCAACUGGGUGGAGCUGCAGAAGAAAAUGCAGCAAGCGACGGCCCUCGACGACAUUCUGGAGGCCCACGAGAAGUUCCUGCAAACCAUUAAGGUGGGCUGCUUUGUCGGCAACGAAACGGACAUGGAGCAUUCUCUGGAGACGGUGUACGAGAACAUUAUCUGUUUGGAGACCUGGCAGUCGAACUUCUACAAGGAGUGCUUCCAGGAGAUGACCGCCCGCCAGGAGCUGGCCAAAGAGGUGCAGAAGUCGGAGAAGCAGGGUGUCUAUGGCCUGACCAGCGAACUGACGUUGCAGCGCGACCAGGAGAAGAAGAUCUUUGCCCAGAAGAUCGAGACUGCCUGUCAUGGGCUGGAAGUCAUAGCAUCCGCCUACGAAAAGGCCGUGAGCAAUUUCCUAAUGGCUCUCAACUCCAGCCACGAUCCGAAUCUCCAGCUCUUCGGCACACGGCUCGACUUUAACGAGUACUACAAGAAGCGGGACACCAAUCUGAGCAAACCGCUGACCUUUGAGCACAUGCGCAUGAGCAAUGUGUUUAGCCUUAACAACAGAAACUCCCCAAAUAGUCGGUUCGUUAUCCAUGCGCCGACCACCAAGGAAUAGCACUCACUGUCCUUGGAAUCACAUCAACCCAGUGCCAAUAUCCGAAUCAUUAGGCCACACCAUUACAUCCAGUUUAACUGCGGCUAAAUAUUUGAGAUAUCCCCAUCACACCAUUAAAGCUUCGCGAAUGAAGCAAGCUAAUGCAACCAAAAGCAAUCAAGCAAACUAAUCCAACUAUUUACUAAGCUACUUUGAAACGAAAAGAUCAAGAACCUGCACUUAUACACAUGUAUAUCUCAAGCAUUUCCGUCAAUCGGCCGGCUGCAAGCCAUUAACCUAAGAUAUCUCAAAUAUUAAUCACUCAUUUUUAAAUUUUUUGAGUAGUUGUAAUCGAAAGUAUUAAACGGAGAUUCGUUGGUCGAAA